CUCCAACUUGCCAACCAACCAUGGAACCCACCAAGAAUCUCUCUCCCCACAACCUUUGGAUCUGUGCGUAAUCUAUAACUCUGUUCGUCUUGCGAUAACUGCAGAUGGGGCCGGGGCGCCCGUCGAAGCGACCUCGCGCGCAUACCGGUGAGGGCGAAGGUCGGGGAAAACGCGCACGCCGUUCACUCUCCCAGGGAAGCGAUUCCACACAAGCCUCCUCUGACGAUGAUUCACGCUCCUCAUCGGCCUCCGACCACCACGACGAUGACCGCGAGAACGAAGCCGAAGCGGAUGAACUGUUUACCAGGCAGACACAACGGGUAGAGAACCAACUCCGCAACAACGAGCUCAAGGAGAACAUACCCGCCGAGAGCGGCAUCAUUCAGGAGAUUAACUGCACGAAUUUCAUGUGCCAUGAGCAACUCACCGUUUCCCUGGGCCCGUUGAUCAACUUCAUCAUUGGACAUAACGGGAGCGGGAAGAGCGCCGUGCUCACGGCAUUGACACUCUGUCUGGGCGGGAAGGCAGCCGCCACGAAUCGAGGCCAGAACCUAAAGGCUUUCAUCAAGGAAGGCACAGAUCACUGCACCCUGCGUGUGAAGAUCAAGAACGAGGGCGCUGCCGCAUACAAGCGCGACAAGUACGGCAAAUCCAUCUACGUGGAGCGGCAUUUCAAUCGCGCGGGAACCUCGGGUUUCCGCCUCAGGGAUGAGAACAAGAGGCUGGUCUCGACGAAGAAGGCGGACCUCGAGGAUAUCAUUGAUGCCUUUGCGCUCCAGAUUGAUAAUCCGAUGAAUGUGCUUACGCAAGAUCUGGCGAGGCAGUUUUUGAACGAUUCGACGCCCAAGGAUAAAUACAAGUUCUUUCUCAAGGGGACUCAGCUGCAGACGUUGAGGGAGGAUUACAAUUUGAUUAUGAACGAGUUGCAAGAGAUGGAAGGAAAGGCAGGGACAGUGAAGGCGGAUGUGGAGGUGUUGGAGAAACAGUUUCGCGCGGCUCUGGACAAGGCGAAGAGGGUGGCGAGUCUGGACGCGAUGAAGGCUCGAGAGGAAGAGCUGGCAUGUCAAGUAGCUUGGGCCACUGUGGAGCGUGAAGAAAGGGCGUUGGCAAAUAUUGAUUUGGAGAUUGCGCGCGUCUCUGCGACGAUAGAGCAACGGCGGCAGAAGGCCGACGAGGCGGCGGAGCAGUACGAAAUGGCCAACCACGCUUAUUCGCAGGCCAACCAGGCUCUUGAGGAUAGUAGGGCACAGUUGGUGCCGAAGCAGCAGGAGGUGGAGGAAUUGAAUGGGCAGUGGCAAGAGACAAGGAAGGCGAUGAUUGGGCUCAACACCCAGGAGCGAGAUGUACACGGCAAGAUCCAGGCCAAGGAGAAGUCGAUUGCAAAGUAUAGAGAUCAGAUACAAGAGCAGCGGCGGAAACAAGCGGAAGCGGACGGAGGGCAGCAUGCCCAGAAAAUCACCGAGCUUGAAGAGGUGAAACAGGAGGUUGAACGUGUACGCAAGGAACUCAACACUCACGAUAUGGAAACUCCACGCCUGAGGGAAGCCUAUGAGACGCUGAAGCGAGAGAAGAUAGCCGCGGAAGGGAGUUUGCAAGACAAAAGAUCAGAGUUACAAAGGAUACAAAACCAUAUACGGGACCUCGAACAAGGAGGUGAACGGGACUGGACCUCGGCGUACCCCAAUGCCGCCAACCUGUCGAAACUGCUCAAAGCCAUUGAGAAUGAAACCGGGUUCAAGGAGCGUCCGGUAGGACCCAUGGGCCGCCACGUCAAGCUUCUGAGACCAGAGUGGAGCUCAAUACUGGAGAAAUCGUUUGGCGGGUCACUGAAUGCAUUCGUUGUUACGUCCAAGCCUGAUCAGAACAUAUUAUCUUCUCUAAUGAGAAGGAUGAAUUGUGUUUAUCCGAUAUACAUCGGCAAGGACGCACAUAUUGAUACUUCUGCGCAUGAGCCGGAUGCUUCAUUGACUACUUGGCUCCGCGUUCUCAGGAUUGACAAUAACCUCGUUCGGAAUACAUUGAUUGUCAACCAUGGGAUAGAGCAGGUAGCACUCAUUCCGAAACGAGCCGAGGCCGAAGAGUUCGUCCACAACGGUGACCCCAUGAGGCGAAAUGUCAAGAUGUGCUUUGCCAUGUCCGAUCGGGAUCCAACGAAGGGCCAUGCGAUCAAUUUCAAUUCCAACACUGGCUCCAUCAACAUUGGUCCCAUCCUGGCGUACACCUUCAGUCCGCGUAUGCAGGCUGACAAGGAACCUCAACUCAGAACUGCAAGGAGCCAUCUCGAAAGAGUUAAAGAUGAAUAUAACGAGGCAUUGAAAGAGGCGAGAGCCAUCCAGGCGCGACUAGAUGAAUGCAAGGCGAGACAUGACUCCCAUGUGAGACAGAGGAGAAACUUGGUCAUACAGCAACAGCAGGCGGAGUCCAGUCAGGAGAGACUUGAGUUCGAGAUCAGCGCAGCUGCCCCGGACGACGGCGCGAUUGAACAACUACAGGAGUCCCUGAAGGAGGCCGAAGACGAAUUGGCUUUCGAGCGGGGUCAGCUGGAAGAUAUUCAGUCCCAGAAACAGCAGUACCACGAAACGCACCACAAGCAGAAGGCCAAUCUCGAGAUCGCCCAGGAGGAGCUUGCAACGAUAAACACGGAGAUUGGUAAACACGAAGCACGCGCCGAGAACCUCAUGUCCGACCGCGAAAGAGCGUUGGCUGCUAAGAACGCCGCCUUGGACGCUGUGCGAGCUGCGGAGGUGAACAAAGCUGAGUGGGAUCAAGCGCGCGGUGCCCAGUUGACUCAGCUCGAACAAGUCACGUCCGAGGCGGAGCAGAUUUGCGAUCGCGUUGAGGUUCCUCCUGGGGAAGAUCCGGGGUCUUUGGAGAGAAAGAUGAGAAGACUGGCGCAUGAUAGAGAAGCAGCCGAGAAGGAGCUUGGGGGCUCAAAAGAUGAGCUGCUGCAUGCAGCUAAUGUGGCGAAGAAGAAGUAUCAUGAGGCCAGGGAAGAGUUUGCGCGCACGGCCGAAGUCAUGAAGACACUCAAGAACGCGCUCACUUCUCGUGAACAACGCUGGGAAAAGUUCCGACAGGAUAUCUCCAUCCGAGCGCGGAUUACCUUUGCGUAUCUGCUCAGCGAACGUCAGUUCCGUGGCGAGUUGAAGGUGGAUCACAAGUCUCAGCAGCUGGACAUCCAUGUUCAACCAGAUAUCACUGUCACUAGCGGAGCCGGAAGACAAACCAAGACCUUGUCCGGAGGCGAAAAGUCGUUCUCGACCAUCUGCUUGCUUCUAUCCCUUUGGGACGCCAUGGGUUCUCCCAUACGCUGUCUGGACGAAUUCGACGUGUUCAUGGACAACGUCAACCGCGACAUCAGCAUGAGGAUGAUGAUUGGGGCUGCCCGGCGCGCCAUUGGCCGGCAGUACAUCUUGAUCACACCUCAGGCCAUGAACAGCAUCGAGAGUGUGGGCGAUGUCAAGAUCAUAAAGAUGCGAGAUCCUGAGCGUGGGCAGACGUCGCUGAAUGUAAGCAGAUGAGAAGAUGAAUUAUUGGCAUACAAGAUUACAUUGAUAUACAAGAAAUAUGGCGGCUUCUUGGUUCUUUGGCAUGACCAUGCUUUGAGAGCGGGGACGCAUUUGAUCCGCAGUAAGGCGUCCUGGAUUUGGGGAUUCUUGUAGCAUAUAACCUUUGAGAUAUCCAAUGUGUAGACAGCCACCUCAAGUACAGUGAAUGCAGCAUGUGAGUGUAGCAUGCAGAUGUAUUCACUCUGAGUACUUGGCAACAAGAUGUGACAUUUCGGUUGCCAAGAACCAUUUUUCGUUUUCCUC